GGCGUGGUUUUAUAUUAAUGCCAAGUCAGCAUUAUGCCCAAGGGCAAAGGUAAAGGAGGAGGAGGUGGUGGUAGUGCUUCUGGGGGCGGGAAAGGAGGUGGGGCUAAAGGAAAAGGUGGUGCAGAAGGAGGAUCAAGUGAAGCUACUGCUGGUGGCAAGGCAAAGAAAAGUGGAGGAGGAAAUGCAAUAAAAGUGAGGCACAUACUUUGUGAGAAGCACUCUAAAGUAAUGGAAGCAAUGGAGAAGCUGAAGGCAGGUCAGAAGUUCAAUGAAGUUGCUACUAAUUAUUCAGAAGACAAAGCAAGACAUGGGGGUGACUUGGGUUGGAUGACAAGAGGUUCAAUGGUGGGUCCCUUUCAAGACGCUGCUUUCCAAUUAGAGCCCAGCACUGUGGAUAGACCAGUCUAUACAGAUCCUCCCGUUAGGACGAAAUUCGGAUACCACAUCAUAAUGAUUGAAGGAAAACGAUAACAGAAUCGUUUAACAUUUAAAGUCAAUUGCACAGAGUCAGAGAUAGAUAAAAUUUAUUUCAAUCUCGAUAAUAUGUUAAUUUGACACAAUACAGUAAAUAAA